AUGCCCAGAGCCGGUGGCUGCUUUCCCUUGUUGGCUCCAUGGUGGGCGGUGCCGUCGGAGCCCGAAUUACUUUGUAUUUCUUGCAUGGCUAAGAAAAAGAAAUCUCCCUUCAUAGAAAAAGGUACAUCUGGUCAAUUAGGUGCAGUAUCGUCAAUUCGUAAAUUACGUUCCUGGAAUUUGCUUAUCAAAGUUUCUUCUGAAAAGCAGGUUCAGCAGAUAAUGAAAAUAAAAUCCAUUGGCGGCAUUCCAGUUUCAGUUAGUCCACAUAGAACUCUAAAUUUUACCAAAGGAGUUAUAUCAUGUGGAGAACUGUUCAAUACACCUGUUGAACAAAUUACCAAAGAUUUGAAUAGCCAAGGAGUCACUAACGUUCAACGUAUCACACUACGAAAAGAUGGGCAAUUGCUUAAUACUAAGCAUCUCAUUUUUACUUUUCAUUCACCAAAAUUGCCGGGGUUCAUUAAAGCUGGAUGCAUGAAUUUACCCUUUAGGCCGUACAUCCCAAAUCCUUUGCGAUGCUUUAAAUACCAGAGAUUUGGUCAUUCCAAAGCUUCCUGCCACGGGACUCUCACAUACGCCCGUUGCGCGGAAGGUGGUCAUGAAAGUUCAGAAUGUACCGCACCGGAAAAGUGUGUUAAUUGUAAAGGGCAACACACUUCCUUUUCCCGCUUAUGUCCAAUAAAAUUGAAUAUUGAAAAGGAAGUAGUGUCUGAAAAAGUGACCAAAGGAAUAUCUUACAUUCAAGCUAAGCAAAGUGUUAAAUCUCGUGCAACCACUUCUGGAUUAACUUACGCAACUGCUACUAAAAGUAUCCUUGAAACUAAAAGCACCCAAAUGAUCUCUGUUAACUUACCUUCUGAUUCCUCUUCUAUUAAAAAAUCUUACGUCCCUACUGAAAUGUGUUCUAGAUCUACUGAAUCCUUUUUAGCAGCAUUUUCACCCAAAAUAAGUGCUGAAAAAAUUUCCCAUCUGGAGAAGCAUGUUUCAGAAUGUGCUUCUACUUCUCCAGUUCUCACUGGCUUCAAACACGUUCAAAAAAGAAAAAAAAAUCAAGAAGGAUCCAAAAUUAAAACCAAGCCAAAACAAAUCAUCCCAACAAGUUUCUCCUAA